UUAACGAAAAGGCAAAACUUUAUUUAAAAAUCUGAAGAAAAAAAAAAAGAGAGUAAAAAGAUAAUGCCCUUUUUCUUCUGCAACCUUCCUCGUUUCUUCAAUUCUCCAUCUCCUUCUUUAACUCUCUCUCCUCUCUCGUUUUCCUCUCCACCUCACUGCAGUUAUCUCUUUCUGUCAGUUUUCCCCAUUUCUUUUCCCAUUCCCAAGAAACCCCACUGAGAAAAAUUACUCAGAAUUCGAUUUUAAGCCUUGUGGUCAUGCUUUCCAGAGUUGGGAACGUCGUUUGGAUGGAAAAUCGAGAGGACGAAGACUCGAAUUCAUGGACUAAAACCAAUAACGCCACCACCAACGGCGAGAACCCUCUCAAUCCCGGCAAUUGUGUUCUUAUGGAGAAUAAGGACGAAAUGAGCUCUCUCUCCACCUUCAAAUCCAUGCUCGAGGUUGAAGACGACUGGUGCAUCACUGGAAACUCCCUCCAUAACCACGGCGACAUCAAUGACAUUACCUUCUCAGAUAAUCUGUUGCUUCCCACUGGAGAUUCUUCCUCUUCUUGUUCCCCUUCUUCCUCUGUGUUCAACAACAUCGACCCAUCUCAAUUGCGAUUCUUUUUACCCCCGAAUCGGGCUCUGUCUUCGCUCCACAAGGUCAUUUCUAACAACCCUUUAGAGCACGGCUUCGAUUUGGGGGCAGAGGUUGGAUUUCUUGACGUCCAAGCUUCGAAUGCUUCGGCUCUGCUCAACAAUGGAGGUGGGUUAUUAACUGGGUUUACUGAUUUAAGCCCAACUAGCCAUAUGAACACUCCUAAUUUGUGCUUAGGCUCUCAAUUAACAGCCCCGAACGUGCCCCAAUUGUCUGAAAAUUGUUCGGGGCUAGCGGGAUUUCAGAGUUUCGAUGAGAAUUUGGGGAAUGCUCUGCUUCUGAAUCGGUCUAAGCUGUUGAGACCACUUGAAUCUUUUCCCUCGGUGGGAGCGCAGCCGACUCUUUUCCAGAAGAGGGCGGCUCUUAGGAAAAAUUUGGCCGAUAAUGGAAGCAAUUUGGGGGUUCUGAGCCCCGACGGCGGCUGGUUUUCCAACAGGAUUGAAGGGAAAAAUGAAGUGGGGGAUGAAAAUGGGAAGAAGAGAAAAAUGAUUUAUGCAGACGAUUUGCAAGAUACAAGCAUCGACACAUCCCAUUUCAAUUACGAUUCCGACGACUUUACUGAGAACAAUAAUAACACUAAGUUGGAUGAGAAUGGUAGAAACGCCGGCAACACCUCGAACGCGAACAGUACGGUGACCGGCGGCGGCGACCAGAAGGGGAAGAAGAAAGGACUUCCGGCGAAGAAUUUGAUGGCUGAGAGGCGCCGGAGGAAGAAGCUCAAUGAUAGGCUCUACAUGCUGAGGUCCGUUGUUCCCAAAAUCAGCAAAAUGGAUAGGGCUUCAAUUCUUGGGGAUGCAAUUGAAUACUUGAAGGAACUACUGCAAAGGAUCAAUGACCUCCAUAAUGAGUUGGAAUUUACCCCUUCUGGGACUGCGUUGACGCCGAGCACGAGCUUUCACCCCCUGACUCCGACUCCGCCGAGCCUCUCGAGUCGUAUCAAGGAGGAGCUUUGUCCUAGCUCAUUUCCCAGUCCUAGUGGCCAACCUGCAAGGGUCGAAGUUCGGGUACGAGAAGGACGUGCAGUAAACAUACACAUGUUCUGCAGUCGUCGACCCGGCCUCCUGCUCUCCACAGUUAGGGCAUUAGAUAAUCUUGGGUUGGACAUCCAGCAAGCUGUGAUUAGCUGCUUCAAUGGUUUUGCUAUGGACAUUUUCCGAGCCGAGCAAUGCAGCGAAGGCCAGGAUGUCCAUCCUCAGCAGAUAAAAGCAAUACUAUUGGAUUCAGUUGGUUUCAAUGGUGCGACAUAGAUUUCUGUGAGACAAGUAAAUAAUGCCUGUACUGAAAAUGACUCCAUUGUUGGCUCGGAAGUAAAAACUUCCUGUUCGUAAAGAAUUAUGCACUGACUUGAUGAUGAGAUUAUUAUCACAAUUUUAAGUUCCGGUUUGUGUAGCUAUUCCAUGUUUCGAACUUGGGAAUAUUCGCAAAGGGUAUUAUGUUAGCAAUUUUUCGAACAUAAUUUGAUGGUCAACCUUAUGAAUCAUCCACUUCUCGAAAAGACCAGAUAAUUUCAGUUGUGUUUUCAUCUGUUUUUUUCAA